AAGCAUUUGCCCCAGAGGGCUGGCUCGAGCUGGAGCGGUGGACAGCAGCUGAUUCAGUUUCAUAGCCCCAGACCUGAACAGGCGCUACCGCUGUCAGGCAGCUCAACAGACAGGCGACAAUGUCACUGAGGAACAAGUCAUUGAAGCUUUUAUAUCCUGCUCUCUUCUUCUGAAGACCUGCCAGAAGUGCACCACCACCACAACAAGUUAUGGAAUGAUUUCUUUUUAACACCAAGGGAUAUUUGAGUUCAGCCAGAACUGGAAUAGGCCUUGUCCGAUUCCUCCAGAUGUCUCAUCCUGUUGUCACUGAACAUCUUAGUACUUUAUGCUUACUGGACUUAUUGUUUACUGCUACCAAUGGAUUCUCAAAUCUUCACCCCUCUGUUGGACCCAAGUCUUGGACAUAGUCAACAACAAUUUGCAUUUAAAGCUAUAAUAAAAAGUCUGACCAGGAGAGUAAUUUGACUCUGCCUUUAAGUGCUACUUUAAUAUUUUUCUAUCUUUCAUUGAGUGCAUUAUUGGCCUGAUUAAACACAGGUGAAAUGGAUGGAAGGACUGAAAACUGGCCGAAAUCCACAGUUUGGGUUGAUGAGUUUUGGACACCGAUUUACCACCAUUUAAUUUUGGCACGAUAAAAGUCUUAUGGCUCACCUCUGAAAUCAUGGAGAUAUUCGUCACCUAAUAAAACAACUGAAGUUGUUUUGUUUCAUCAUAAUUUGGAAUAUUUUGCUGUUCACUUGAUUUUCUUUUUUUCUUCACUUUCACAUGAAAAGACAUUUGUACAGAAAAGCUUCACCAUCUUUUUUUUGUCUUUGACAGGCUGUUAUGUCUGCCAGUUUGGUCUGACAUUAGUGCAGGGAGGCUCAUAUGAAAUUUUGAAACCUGAGUUACUGAAAGGAUUUAGUAUCCUCACAUACAAAUUUUUUUUUUUUGAUUGAAAGAAACUGCAUUGUAGUAGCAAAGCAGCUGGCAAUGGCAGCAGAUCACAGUGAGUUGCUGGCUGAGAUGGCAACAAUCGGGCGUCUGGGUGCCACUGAACGCCUAAAGCAUGCCCAGAAACGCCGUGCUCAGCAGCUGAAGGCAUGGGCCCAAAUGGAAAAGGAUGCAGCACGGGGGUCAAGAGCAAAGGCAGACAAGAAGAAGCCUCGAACCACCAAAGUGACAUUCCCCCACUCUGUCACCCUGCUAGACGCAGCUGCCCGCAAUGACGUGGAUGAGGUGAGGAAGCUACUGAACAACGGUGUCAAUCCUGAUCUGAUCAAUGAGGAUGGGCUAACGGCCUUACAUCAGUGCUGCAUUGAUGACUUUGUAGAAAUUGUGCAGUGCCUGCUUGAUGCUGGUGCCUGUGUGAAUGCCUGUGACAGUGAACUGUGGACACCGCUGCAUGCUGCUGCCACCUGUGGACACACUGGACUGGUGCAGCUCUUAAUUCAAGCUGGAGCUGACUUGCUGGCUGUCAAUGCGGAUGGCAACAUGCCAUAUGACCUUUGUGAGGAUGAGGCCACCCUGGAGCUGCUAGAAAUGGUUAUGGCUGAACAGGGCAUAACUCAGGACCGUAUUGACGAAUGCAGAGGAGCUAAAGAGACGGUUAUGCUUGCUGAUGUUCAAACUCUGGUUCAGAGUGGAGCAGAUUUAAAUGCACAAGAUAACAACGGCGCAACACUGAUCCAUAUUGCAGCUGCCAACGGCUAUAUGUCUGUAGCAGAGCUGCUAGUAGAGCACAGGGCUCAGCUGGAGGUGAAGGACUCUGAUGGGUGGACACCGCUACAUGCUGCCGCCUGCUGGGGACAUAUCCAAAUGGUGGAACUGCUUGUAGCCCAUGGAGCUAACCUGAACACAAAGUCUGUCCUAGAGGAGACCCCUUUAGAUGUGUGUGUGGAUGAAGAAGUCAGAGCCAAACUAUUGGACUUGAAGCACAAACAUGAUGCCAUCAUGAAAAGCCAGGACAAGCAGAAGGGCACGUUACAAAGACGAGUAUCAAGUACUGGAAGCAGAGGUAAGGUGGUGCGUCGUGUUAGCGUGAACGAACGCUCCAGUUUGUACCGGCGAGAGCACCAUAAAGAAGCCAUGGUGUGGCAGGAGCGCGGCCGACAGCCUGAGCCUCAGGACGAUGAUGAAGACAGGCAAACUGAUAAUGAGCUGCUCCAACAUGCCUCCAUGGUUGCCGGUGGUGCAGCAACAUCACGCUUAGAAGAACUUGAGGCUGCAGACAGGAAAAUCAUGUCAAGCUUAGGAAAUGGAGAGACCUCUGUUUCCCUGGCAUCCUCUGUACCUGGAGAGCUGUGGAGUGGUGGGGGUCGCAUGGAACGCAGCGCCACCUAUGAGCUUAGCUCUGCAGGUGGAGCCGUGUACGCAGAGGGUGAGGCUGCAGACAGUAUGACUCGGGAGAAAUCGCACCACACCCUAGCUGAUCUGAAACGCCAACGGGCAGCUGCUAAGCUCAAUAAGUAUCCAGCACCUCCACCUCCUCUGCCCCCUCCUGCAGAGGAGGAGCCUUCUGUUGCAGGAGCUGAGAUGACAACCUCUCAAGCUCAGCCAGAGAACCAAAUGACCCCCACUGCAGAGCAGGCGGUCUCCCCCAGCCAGGUGUACUUCACCCCAGCUAGUGGAGAUCCUCCACUUCUUAAGCUUCGAGCCCCUGAAGAGGAUCAGUCUAACAAUAAAGAGCCUUGCUGUGGCCUCAUGUAGGUGGCCUCACGCUCAGACGUGCUGCCUGCAGAGUACACAAUCUUGGCGAGUUACACUCCAAAGUAGCCGACACUUGAAUCAGACAAAUGAAACCCUGAAGACGGUAACUUUAGGCCACCUGCCAAUGAUGGUUUGAUCUACAUUAAAGUUCAAGUGCAAUCUAUGUACUUGUUUCCUUUUCCUUAAUUCACAUGAACUGUGAGUGUUUCCUUUUGCUUUCCGCUGUUUAGAGACUUCUGUGUUGGCUGUAAGGUUUUCACCGAAGCUCAGGAGAAGCACAAGCAAGAUCUCAGUUUUCUUCCUUUUCAUGAACAUCUUGAUUGAAUCACGUGAAAAUUGUCAUUGAUGUAAAAUUGAAUUGAAUCAAAGCUGAUUGGUUUGGAUAAGAAUGAGGUUCUUUCUGUAAUUAACCGAUAUUUGCAUACAUUUACAUUAUAACUUCACAGCUUUUUAAUGCUUGGAAAACUGAUCAGUGAAAGUGUUAAUAUACACAACACCUAGUCUGAAUAAUGCAAUAAUGGAUUAUAUCCAUGCUUUUUUUUUUUUUACUUAAAUAUGCUGACUAGUUUUCAGUUUUGCUUUUCAAAGCACACAGAGCUUACAUUUCAAUAUUUGUAAUGGUGCAAUUUUGUAAAUUGUUUAUCUUUAAUAUGAGAUUAUGAAUAUCAUUGGGAAAUUAACUAUUAACACAAGAAGAUUCUUAUUUUUCUGUCAGUAUUUCUAUUUUUCUACCCUCAGAAUGGAAUUACGUUAUUUAUUUGAUCUUGUACUCAGACACAACUUAUACAAUUUUUGUAAAGCUCGACAUUGUGAUGUUAAGAAAAAAAACAUGACGGCAAAAAUAUUUUUGUGUUGAAGAGAAUUAUCAAAUAUGCUAUUAGCUUUACUGUCAAUCAAUAACACCUGUCACAUGAUUGAUUAUCAAAGGUCGGUGCCUUCUUAUGGUGGCUUUUUUUGAUGUUUGUUUGCAAUGCUUGCACGAAGUCCCACAUGUAGAUGGGAUGAAAAGAUCUGGCAUGGACUUGAUUUAAUGUAAAUGCUCUCCAAUUAUUGUAUUGCAUUUCAGUUUUGUUAUUGAUUUUUACUGAUCCCUGUUGAGAAAAACAACACAUAAAAACUUUUUUUUUUCACAAAUGCUUUUUGUAUUUUUGUAA